AUGCUGCUGAGCUUCGAUGACAGGACGGGGAAGUCGUGGCGCUUCCACUAUUCCUACUGGAACAGCAGCCAGAGAUUCGAUGACUGGACGGGGAAGUCAAGAAAGGAACAGAGAUUGAGGAGAAAAGAGAAAUUACCAGCGAUGGAGCACACUCUGCAAGGAAGAAGCUCGUACGAAAAGUUGACGACUUUGCUGCGUGCUUCAACGUGGAGCAACGACGAAGGAGAAGAUAGAUGUACGUGGACGGGAGGCGUGUUCGUAAUCAUAGUGGUGCGUGCAGCAUGCAAGAGCGCCGGUACGGUGUAUUCAAGAGCGCUCACUGCGUCGACGUGCAUGGUGCAUGGCCGUAGGGAGGGCAUUUUGACGGUGCGGCUGUACGGUCGCAAGCUUUUCUGCGAUUAUCUCGCGCAGGUAAAGAUUCCUUGCCGCAGCUAG